CUCUUUUCCUUUCCCGCUUUUUGCCUCCCCCUCUCCUCGCCUCCUCCGCCUCGCCCCUCCCCCGGCCCCGGCUAGGGUUUCCGCCGCCGGCGACGAGGAGCUGGAGAACCCGAUCGCGCAGCCGCUUCGUGGUGAGUGACUGCAUUCCAUGGAUCUUCAGGAGCAUCAUGAGCUCAUAUUUGGAGAGGAGUUCUGCUUUCCUAUGACCACAACUUACUAUCCACCUCUUUAUGCUCCAGCUGUGAAUCUUAUGAGUGCAGGAAUUAAUGUGCCUGCCCAGUCGUAUCAGCACCCGACAAUGUCGAGAUAUGACAAUCGAGCUCCAAAUUACACGGGUCACCAGACGCAAGGCACAUCAUGCAUGUAUUAUGUUGUACCUGAAUAUGGGAUCGCCCAUUCUCCUCAUGGACCUCACCCUUUGCACCCUUAUGCCAUAGGCGAUGGUAGGUUUGUCAGAACCCAAGAGUAUCGAGCUGAAACUGUGGAGCACACAUACCAUCAACCAGUUCCUGCACCCCACUAUGCUGCCCUUCCAUCUGCAGCGGACAGGACCCCAGCUACCACUGCUCAAUCUCUUGCAUACACCAAUGGCCUGUUUGUCCCCGGUGGAUAUCAGCAAACCGUAGCAACCUCAGAAAGGGGUGUUGCAUGGAAUCAAUCUGUACAGCAAGCUACUACUUCUUCAAUGGAAUUUCAAGGCCACACUUUGCUACCAAAGGAACAACCACGUAGGCCAGCCCCAUGGAAGCCACAAUUCUCUGGCGAGGCUACAGUGCCAGCUAGACUUCCUCGUGCUCCACGGGGAUCGCAGAAGUCUCCGCAAGUGGCAGUUCCUUCUGUCCGGUCUUCACUGCAGCCUAAUGUGUCGUACAACAAUGAAGUUUCAAAUGUUGGAUCUGACCUUUGUAGGAUGCUGUCAUCUGAGAGAUCACAACCAUAUGCAAGAGCCAGCAGCUAUGCUAAUCGAAGGUUGAGUUCCGUGAGUCAGCAGAACAGAAGUAAAGCAAAAAUGUCAAUCGGUUCUAUGCCCUCAGAAAUAAUUGUAAAAUCCUAUACAUCAAGGCUCCUUAUUGGCAACCCAGAGGGUAAAUUAAUCAUUAGGACUGAUCAGUAUAACAGAGAUGAUUUCCAGGUGGUGUAUCCAAAUGCAAAAUUCUUUGUUAUAAAGUCCUAUGAUGAGUCAGAUGUUCACAAAUCUAUCAAGUAUGGUGUGUGGUCGACUUCCUCUGCUGGAAACCAGAAGCUGGAUACUGCAUUCAGAGAGGCUCAAGCUAUAGCUUCUAGUACAUCUACCUUGUGCCCAGUUUUGCUGUUCUUUUCAGUCAACGGAAGUUCCAAUUUCUGUGGAGUUGCUGAGAUGGUUGGCCCUGUCGACUACCAAAACGACAUGGAUUUUUGGUGCAAGGAUAAAUGGACUGGCAGCUUUCCUGUAAAGUGGCACAUCAUUAAAAACGUACGCAACUACACCUUCCGAAGUAUCUUGCUGCAGAACAAUGAGUAUAAGCCUGUGACCAGUAGCAGAGAUACACAAGAGAUACACUACACUCCUGGAACAACUAUGCUUGAACUAUUCAAAUAUACCAGAGCAGAGGGAUGUGUGCUUGAUGACUUCAUGGUGCAUGAGGAGAAGGAAGCAAGCUGUAGACAACUCCAGAGGCUUAAGCUGCGCCCGGGUGCUCCACAUUUUAUACCUGCAUGGCAUGGCCCUCGUACUUCACCUGUGCUGCCCAAAUCAGAUAGCAUGCUGAUGGACAGAAUUGUCAGUGGGACAAACAAUCUGACUGACAAGCUACAGAAUCUCAACUUGGGCAAGCACCAUGGUUCAUGGCAAGAAUUCGGGAAUCUGACUAGCGAAGCUUCCACCACAAACAAACAGAAAGAAAGCCAUUGCUAUGGAAACCAGGUCCAUGAGAAUCCUGUGAAGGCUAGACCAUCUCCAACUCCAACAUACCAGCCUGUGGCUUCAGACGUGAAAUCUGCUUCGGGUGGAGAACAACAAUGCUGGAAGAAGGUUGAGAUCAUCCCAACUGGAAAACCACAACCAGAAACUGUUGCCAGAGUCUCGUUGAAAGCACCACCUGAGGAGCAUCGAAAAGAAGGUAAAAAUGCUUUGGUGCACAGUGCAUCAGGAGCUCCUGGGAUGACUUGUGAAGAAGAGAAGAUCGUUGGGAAGCCCUGUUCACCUGCGUUUGAUUCAACGACAAGCAAAGCCUGCUCAAAACCCCUGCCUGCUGUUGUUGCGAUUGGGUCAAUGCUUAUCCCGAUAACAACGUCCAAUUAGUAGAACGAAAAUCCUUUCUGUUAAUCCGCUCGGACCAAGGUAUCGGUAGUAAAUAGCACGGUUCUUUUUCUGACUUUGUGGAUUCGUGAUAACCAUGGAGUAAGCGGCCUUCAGUCUAAUCUGGCAAACUAGGAAUCACUUAUCUUAGGAUCUGGAAGGUUAAUGUUUUCUUUUGGCCUUUUUCAGCAUAGUUCUUUCUUCUGAAUCUCCAGUUACACUGUUUGGAUCUUUUGGUUAGCCUAGUCUCUGAAAAGGAAAAAUGCAAGAUGUGGUGGUGUGCUUAAACUUCUGUUGAAGAUGGAUAGCGAAAUAAGUCGAAUGAUCUUGCUAUGUUGAUAAAUUUUGUUACCUGGAAUGGUGUGCUGUU